UGGAAAAUCAUCAGUUCUACAAAAAUGUGUAAAUCUUCGUUCCAGGGCAGUUAUUUUCUUGAAUAAAGUAAAGCUGUCUUCUGUAAUUCCAGUUGCCCAAAAUAUGGCUUAUGGGUUGUGCUCGUAGGUGAUGAACUCCAACAAAGAGAAAAACACUUCAGCUGGCAGAUUUGUGAGCUUUCAUGGCCUGUUACUCCUCCACACCUGCUGGGCUACAUAUUUCAGACUCUUUGGGAAGAUACCUGCAUGUUUAUAGAAACAGAGUUUCAGGAAUGCCAACAAAAUGUUUAUUAUGACUACUUGUUAACUCUGUAGUGAAGAAUUGUCUUGGAUGUCCAAUGAAACUGUUACUGCUCCUAGAUAGGGCGAGCAGGAUGGAUAUGACAAAUGCUGAUUCUUCUUCCUUCUCUUUUUCUAUUUUUUUUUUUAAUUAAAAUGUCUAUUUCAGCUUUUAAGUGUCAUAAUGUUCCAUCUCCCCUCCCACAGCAAAUAAAAGUAUAAUGCAUUUCAUCUGUUGAUUUUCAGGCAUUCAAAAGGGAUGUUCUUGCUGAUUCAAGACCAGAUAGUUCUGUCCAGGACUCUACACUGGGGAUAAGGACAUGGGACUCCUCCUGCCAGAUUCCAGAUGGUUCAUCACAACUGACAUCUUGGCUGACAACUGUGAAAAGGAUCUUCGGAUUAUUCUAUUUUAUUUUUGUGGGAGACCACAAUCCCCAAACUCUAGGACAUAUCAGGAGAAGAUUCAGAUCCAGUUGUCACAGUCCUUUGAAAAAGAAGAAAAACCUGCAAAAGAUGAAUCAGAAAAGGAAAAAUCCAGUGAUAAACUGUCCAGAAAAAUGUUAUCAAGAGAUUCCAGCCAGGAGUAUACAGAUUCCACUGGUAUAGAUCUUCAUGAAUUUUUAGUAAAUACAUUAAAAAACAAUCCCAGGGACAGAAUGAUGCUGCUGAAAUUAGAACAGGAAAUUUUAGAUUUCAUUGGUAAUAAUGAAGUACCAAGAAAAAAGUUUCCCCCAAUGACAUCUUACCAUAGAAUGCUGUUGCACAGGGUAGCUGCUUACUUUGGAUUAGAGCACAACGUGGACCAGAGUGGGAAGUCAGUCAUAGUAAAUAAAACUAGCAAUACAAGAAUACCUGACCAAAAAUUUUGUGAGCAUAUAAAGGAUGAGAAGAGCGAUGACUUCCAGAAGCGGUACAUCCUUAAGAGAGAUAACUCUAGUUUAGAUAAAGAUGACAACCAGAUGAGAAUACGAUUAAAAGAUGACAGAAGAAGUAAAUCCAUAGAAGAACGUGAAGAAGAAUAUCAGAGAGCUAGAGAAAGGAUAUUUGCACAAGAUUCCCUGUGCUCCCAAGAGAAUUAUUUCACUGAUAAAAGAAUCCAGGAGGAAGAAACUAAUAGUACACAACAAAGACGACAGAUACUUAGAAUCAAUAAGGAGGCAUCGGGGAGAUCGGCCAACAGCCACCAGAGCAGCACGGAGACGGAGCCGCGGCCCUGGAGCAGCACGGACUCGGACAGCUCCCUGCGCAACCUGAAGCCCGCGGUCACCAAGGCCAGCAGCUUCAGCGGCAUCUCGGUGCUGAGCCGCGGGGACAGCUCUGGCAGCAGCAAGAGCACGGGCAGGCUGUCCAAGACAGGUUCAGAGUCUUCUAGUAGUGUAGGGUCCUCCACGGGUUCUCUCUCUCACAGCCAGCAGCCUCUUCCAGUGCCAGCUCUAAGCCAGCCCUCCCCUGGCACCCCUGCCGUGUAUCCAACUGUCAGCUCUAGUAACUCUCUUUCCUUUGAUGGUGGCAUGAGUGGGCAAGUGGCACCUGCUGCUAGCAGUAGCUUCUUUCUGCUUCCCUUGGAAGCAGCGGGCAUCCCGCCUGGCAGUGUGCUGGUCAACCCUCAAACAGGUCAGCCGUUCCUCAAUCCCGAUGGCACCCCGGUUGUGUACAACCCUCCCCUGCCUCAGCAGCCUGGUAGGACCCAAGUGCCUGGAGCUGCACCUCAGCCUGCCCUGCCCAGCCCUGCCCAGCACCAGCCCGGAGCCAACCCUGUCCUCUCACAGCAAGACAACCUGGGAUCGCAGUUCAGCCACCUGAGCCUGGCGCGGCAGCCCCCGGCCGAAGGCGCCGAGCCCGCCCCGGCGCUGUUCCAGCCCGGCGUGGUGCUGCAGCCCCCGCAGCAGCCCGGCUACAUCCUCGCUGCCGCGCCCGCCGCCCCGCCCGCAGCGCAGCCCGCUCCGCCCUACUCGGGCCCCGGGCACCCCGUGGGCCAGCCCGUGCUCCCGCAGCAGGGAUUUGUGCAGCCGCCCGUGCCGCAGAUGCCACCCUGUUACUGCACCCCCAGCCAGUACCAGCACUCCAGCCAGCAGUACCGCCCUGUUUCUGUCCAUUACAGCACGCAGCAGAACCAGGCCCUGCCGCAGCCUGGCCAGCAGACAGGUUACCAGAUUUUGCCCAACCAGCAGCAAAACUACCAGGGUUUAGUUGGAGUUCAGCAGUCUCAGAGUCAAAAUCUAGUCAGUGGCCAACACAACAACAUUGGGAAUCAAAUUCAAGGUGUGAUUGUUCCAUAUCCCUCAGUGCCAUCUUAUCAGGUUUCGGUGCCUCAAGGUUCCCAAGCAGUGCCCCAGCAGACAUAUCAGCAGCCUGUUAUAAUUCCCAGUCAGUCCAGCCAAGGACUGCCCACCACAGGAAUGCCAGUGUACUACAGUGUCAUUCCAUCAGGCCAACAGAAUAACCUAAGUUCAUCUGUAGGAUAUUUGCAGCCUCCUGGAUCAGAGCAGAUACAGUUUCCUAGAACAUCAUCACCAUGCAACUCACAGCAGCUUCAAGGACAGCAGUGUGCAGCAGGUCCACCGCCGCCGCCCGCCGGGGGGGUGGUGAUGAUGCAGCUCAACGUGCCCGGCAGCGCCGCGCCGCGGAACCCGUCACCGCCGCAGAGGAAACCCGGCAAGUACUACUGUGAUCACCCCCGCGGACACAAGGCCACGGAACUCAGCACUUUAGACGGUGCUGCACAGCAUAGUCCUCAACUGGGCAGCCCUGUCACCUCACCGGCCCAAUCACCAGCACCAGCCCAGCUGUCAAACAUGAAGAACAUCCGUCCCGCGCUCACACCUCUUUCUAUCGUGUCCCAGUUUUCUAGACCUUUUGUCCCUGGACAAGGAGAUGCCAGAUACCCAUUGCUUGGCCAACCCCUGCAAUACAAUCCAUCUUUAUUACGUGGACAAGUAACAAGCCAACAGUGUCAGCCUGGAAACAGACAUGGAAACAGGGGAAAGAAACCAGCAAAGAAGGCUGCUUCAGCAGAUCUUGGUGCAGGAGAACCAGUCGUGGGGAAAGUUCUAGAAAUUACUGAGCUGCCAGAAGGCAUAACUCGUACGGAAGCAGAGAAACUCUUUGGAGAACUGUUGAAAGUGGGUGCCAAGAUCCGGUGGCUGAGGGAUUCCCAGCGCCUGCAGGCGCAGCAGCAGCAGCGGCGGUUCUGCGGGGACGGCAGCGGGGGCACGGAGCCCUCCCGCGCCGGGGACUUGGCCUCCACCUACACGGUCCUGGCCACCUUCCCCAGCAUGGCGGCCGCGCAGAGCGCGCUCAAGAGACAGAGCAGUACCUCGGUGAGCAAGUUCCGCCUGAGAACCAGCAGGAAGCACUACGACCUGCACGUCCUGGAGAGGGCCAGCUCUCAGUAGCAGUUACGCCGCUGCACGCUCGGCCUUUACUACUUCCGUGUCCUCCCUCCUCGAUUGGUUUGAUGUCAUGGGGUUUCUGUUCUCUUCAGAGAGACUCCUGGGAUGUUUUGUCACAUGACAUUUGCCAUUGAAGAAUAAGUAACCCAGUGAAUCCAGCAAGAUGAAGAAAAAAAUUUACGGAGUUAAUCCCAGACAAUAGCAAGGAGUGAUCUUUGCGACAGGCAGCUUUCCGUAAGGAAUGCUGCUGAAAUGCCCCUACUUUUAUAGUAGUUUUGUUUUAUAUUUUUGAAAUCUUGUAUCAGAUCCAAAGUUCUAUUGUACAGCAGAUGUUCAUAAAAAUCCAUAUGCAGAUUUGUAUUUUAUAAUCCCUUUUCACAGCCAGCACACAGCUGUCCAUUCCAAGGCAGGAACCUGAGGAUUGGUGGAGAGGAAAAGAGAACCAUUCUCAAGGAAUUAUAUUCAUUUUCUAGCAAACUACCCAAGAUCUUCAAAUUAACCUGUUCUUUGUCCCUUGUGUGGUUUUUUUCCCUUUCUUUUCCUUUUUCCUUUUUUUCAUUUUUUCUUCUUUUUCUGGUUGUUUUUUGUUUCUUUUUAUUUGGUUGUUUUUUUUAAGGAAAAAAAAAUCAUUCUAGUAACUAACUCCUUAGGUGGUACUUCUCUUUUUGCAAUACAUUCAAACAAUGUCAAAAGAAAUUACAAGUUUGUACCCUUAAAGAAUUUGCUUCUGAUCCAGCAAGUUUAAUAAUUACUAGGAGGGGACUAUGAAUAGGUUACAAAGAAUGUUCACUGAAUCACAUUUUAAUAUUUCUUUUUAACAAAAGUGUGAAGAAACUUUAUGUAUCUUCAUGCAAGUGACAAAAUGUUUGCACUUUAAUUGUGUUCCCACCAGUAUGGGUCUCUUUCUCUUCCUUUUCACGCUAAGAUAAUUGUGUUUGAUAAGUGCUGGAAACCUUUUUAAUGGUUUAAGUUUUCAUCAUUUGCAGAUGCUCACUGGACAUUAAAGAUUCAUUGCACAUAAAUGAAACAAAACUUUUUCAACUUGUGUAAUUUGCAAGUCUGUACAAUGUGUGCUGAUGCA